GUUGUUCUUACAAUUCUUCGUUUCUCUUUGGAACAUCCGGGUUUGAUGGACUCGAAAUUGCUAUCGAGUGUCAUUGACGUCGGCCUCCUAUGCAUUGACCAGGAGGACGUCGGCGAGGACUCUGACCUUGGUUCUCUAUGGUUACACCUCAAAAACUCGGUUCAACUUACACUAGGCCUCCAUGAGGGUAAUCUUUCACCUUCAACCCUGGAGUCAGUUCUUUUGUCAUGGAGUGCAAUGCUGCGAGACUGCGGAGACUUGGAGUCUCUUCUUCUGAAAAUCGGCGACCUCGACCACUAUCUACUUCAGAUGAGGGCGAUAGUUGACUACACUGAGAUUCACGGACUCUGGAAGCUGCAGCUCUCUGCCCUUGAAUUGGUGCUAAAGACCACGGAGCUUCAAGAAUCGGGUGAUUUUUCUGAAGCAAUCAUUGUCCUAUCACGGCUUGUGCUCCAAUACAGUCGACUUGGCUUCUGCACGAAAGCCAGCGCUCUCUUGAAGCGGGCGGAGCAGUAUCUCACUCAUUCCAAUACCACAUGCUUGGCGAUCUUGUCGUACCGACUAGCACACGUCGGCUACCUCCUCGAAACUGACGAUAUCAACCAAGCGGCGACCGUGCUCGCCAAAGCCAGAGCUUUGUACGAGAAGUACCAGAAGAAGGAAGAUCUGAACAGCUGUUCCACGUUGUCCAAGAUUCUCUGGGAGCGGCUUGUUGCUGACGCAGCCUUCAUGAGCUCUCGGCUGUCUUUCGCUCAGGGAUCGGUCAAUGAUGCUCUCUUUUUUGCCAAGCUUUCUGUCCGGUUGAAUUGCAGAAUUUGGGCCAAGAUUGAGAAGCUUUCUCAGAAGAAACAAGACAAGAUGCUUCAGGCUACCGAUAAUUCGGAACUCGAGACUGUGGUGGAAGGAAUGGCAAAGCUCGAGGUUGCGCAAGCAGCUCCCGUGCCGAAUCCUGUCUAUUCUCAGGGCGCUCCUUUCUGGCCUCAUAUUGGCUCCCAUCAUACCGCUCUGCUGAAUUUGGCAAGUCUCUCAGCACACCACGGUCUAUUCCAGGAUGCUAUAUAUUACGGGGAACAAGCUCUCAAGAUCAACAAAUCUCUGAAUGCGAAUGUCCGACUCAUAGCAUCUCAGGCACAGCUUGGGUCUCACUGGAUCUUCGGUGGUCAUCUCUCUGAGGGGCAGGAACUGCUGGAGGCAGCGGAGUCUCUUUCCAAGCAACUCGAAAGCAGUGUCGAACUCGUCUCGCUUCAAGUUGGCCUUGCUUCUCUUUACAGGGCACAGGGCCGUUAUCUUGACGAGCAGCGUGCUCUUCUCGAGGCUGAUCGCUUGAUGACUCAAGUGGCUGGUUCUGAUGGAUUGGAUGCCUCCGCUACAAUCCCGAAUCUUGAAGACCAGAUGAAGAAGUUGCAACUCCAGGGAACGGCCAAGAAAACACGUCAACGUGCCGCCACAACAACAACGACAACACGCAGGACUCGCGCAGCGACGGUGUCCGCUUCGAAUGCAUCCAAGAAAACAGAGACACCAGCCACACAAAGCCAGUCCGAGUCCGAGUCUACUUCCCUUUCGCAUUUGAGAAGCGAGAUUCUUCGUCAGCAAGCUGCCUGUUUACGCACACUUCGCGACUUUGAGAAAGCAUCAAUGACCCUCCACAAUGCGCGCAAGUUUGCGACGUCUCGGGACAGUCAGAUAUCUCUGCAGAUUGGUGAGAGUGAACAUCUGCUUGCGGAUGCCAUUCGGCAUUUUGCCACACAUGCAGUUUACUGUGUUCUCCCAGAAUCGACCAUCUCCCUGCCAUCCCUCCAGUCCCCAAGCAAGGUCCCCAGCAAGUCAAGCACUAGUAAGCCAGCAUCCACACGGAAGACAAGAGCUCCAGCUCGUACGCCAGCAAGAAGCACGAGGGCUAAAUCCGCCAAGCCGACUGAGGACUUCUCCGUAAUGUUGUCCAAAGCCGGGGAGAGCCUAAACGCAAUCUUUCCCACCGCCACGACAAUAGGAUCUACUCUUGAUAGUCACGCAGCUUCUCGCUUGAUGAGCCGUAUCUCCAUGCUCUCUCAUGUUACUGUACCGGAGAGCUCGGGCUUAUUGUCUCAGUCUCCAGCAAACAUGAACGAAAUAGGCCGCAUAGGUGCCUUUACGCGUGAACGAGCUGCCAUCAGUCUCGAUAAGCAGUUAGCAAACUACUGCGACCCUCUCCUUUGGCCAAGUGCUGAAGCAAAGGCCAAGCUUGAAGAGGAUCUUUACUCGCGUUUCACAGAGGACUACAUCGAGAUCCUUCCAGAGAAUUGGAAUGUUCUUUCUCUGUCCCUUAGUGCUGAUUGUACUGAAUUUGUUGUAUCCAGGCUGCACAAGGGUCGCUCACCCUUCUUGUUGCGACUACCACUCAAACGUGGUUCCGAGGACGAUGAGGAAGAUCAGUUCACUUUCGAAGAUGGGAAGGAAGAAAUGAAGGAACUCAUCAAGCUGACGAACCAAAGUGCGCAUGCCGCUAAGCACCAGAACGACCGCCAAUCGAAGAAGGAAUGGUGGAAGAACCGUGAAGCCCUGGACCGACGCAUGGAGAACCUGCUGCAAAACAUUGAGAACGUAUGGUUUGGUGGUUUCCGGGGAAUCUUCUCUCCAAUGCCUCACGAAACCGAAUCUUUGGAGAGAUUCGCGGCUCUUUUCCAGAAUGUCCUAGACAAACACCUACCUUCCCGACAGAAAGGUAGACGCGCCGAGGGCCCACACUUGACACUACACCCGAACGUUCUGGAAUUAUUCCUGGGUGUCAAGGAUCUAGAGAGUCAGGAAGACCCCGAGGAAACCUUGAUGGAUCUACUUUACUUUGUUGUGGAUAUUCUGCAGUUCCAAGGGGAACGCAAUGCGUACGAUGAGAUUGACUUCGAUAUGAUGGUCGUGGAGACUCUGGAUGCUCUCAGAGGACAUCAUGAUGCCGUGCGCAACGAUCACAAGAAGCGGACAAUGAAUAGCACAGUGCUGGUUCUCGACAAGUCGCUACAUAUGUUCCCUUGGGAGUCUCUUCCAUGUCUUCAGGGUCUUCCUGUGUGCCGUGUGCCAUCCUUGGAAUGCCUUCGGGAUCGGAUCCUGCAGUUCCAGACUGACCGCGCGGGUCGCAAACAUGAGUUCGGCAUCGAUAGCAGGAACGGGACGUAUAUCCUGAACCCCACCGGUGAUCUGCAGACAACCCAGGGAACUUUUGAGAAGGAACUCCUCGGGCUAGAACAUUGGCAGGGGAUCUCCAAGCGGGAGCCGACCGAAGACGAAUUCAGGCAUGGCUUGGAGACCAAGAGUCUAUUCCUCUACUUCGGCCACGGCAGUGGUGCACAGUAUAUUCGAGGGCGAACCAUCAAGCGGCUGGAAAGAUGCGCCAUCACCUUCCUUAUGGGCUGUAGCAGUGGCGCUCUGACGGAAGCGGGGGAGUACGAGCCAUACGGGACGCCGAUGAACUACCUGCAGGCCGGGAGCCCGGCUUUGGUGGCUACCCUGUGGGAUGUGACGGACAAGGAUAUUGAUCGGUUCGCGAAGAGUACCUUUGACAAGUGGGGCCUCCUUGGUGGCGAGAAGGAGGCGGUGGCCUUGGACGAAGCUGUCUGCCAGUCGCGACAAGCUUGCGUUUUGAAGUAUUUGAAUGGUGCUGCGCCUGUGAUUUACGGCAUUCCUUCGGUGUUUUUGGAGUAAGCCGAUGGGGCACUCGGGACGUGAUGGAUCGGUGUUGAUCUUUUUCAAGUGGUGUUAAUUAGCCUAUUACCCUUGUCAUUGCUAGCGUUCAU